AGCAGGAGCAGCCAGCUCAGCCUCUUGAGUCUUCUGGGAAGCUUGAACCUUCUCAGACCCAGGAAGAGACCCCAGCUCAGCCUCCCAAAGAGAUGGAACCUUCUGCAAUCCAAGAGGAGACCCCAACUGAGCCUCCAGGUCCUCCUAUGGAGCCUGAACUUUCCCCCAGUGAGCAGGAGCAGCCAGCUCAGCAUUCUGAAUCUUCUGGGGAGCUUGAACCUUCUCAGACCCAGGAGGAGACCCCAGCUCAGCCUCUCAAAGAGAUGGAACCUUCUGCAAUGCAAGAGGAGACCCCAACAGAGCCUCCAGGUCCUCCUAUGGAGGCUGAACAUUCCCCCAGUGAGCAGGAGCAGCCAGCUCAGCCUUCUGAGUCUUCUGGGAAGGUUGAAUCUUCUCCAGCCCAGCAGGAAGCCACAGUUCAGGCUCUAGAGCCCCCUAAGGAGGUAGAACCUUCAAGCCAGCAGAUGGUCCCAGCUCAGGUUCCAGAGCCAUCUAAGGAGGUUGCAGCUCAACCUCCAGCUCAUUAUGAGGUGACACUUCCACAUCCAGACGAGGUUCAGACUCAGCAUUCAAACCUGACUCAACUCACAGUUCAACCUUUGGAUCUGGGGCUUACCAUCACUCCUGAAUCUACCACAGAGGCUGAACCUUCCACAGCCCUGACGGCUACAGCUCCUCCAAAACAGCCUGAGGUGACACUUCCAUCUUCAGACAAGGGUCAGACUCAGCAUUCAAACCUGACUCAAGUCACAGUUCAGCCGCUGGACCUGGAGGUUACUAUUACUACAGAACCUACUACAGAGGUUAAACUGUCUCCAGCCACAGAGGAGACCUCAACUCUGCCUCCAGAUCUGGGGCUUGCCAUAACUCCAGAAUCCACUACAGAGACUGGACAUUCUACAGCCCUGGAGAAGACUACAGCUCCGCGUCCAGACGAGGUUCAGACUCAGCAUCAAAACCUGACUGAAGUCACAGGUCCACCUACUGAUCUAGAACCUACUCGGGAUUCACUGGUGCAGCCUGAAACUUACGCCCAAAAUAAGGCUUUAACUGCACCAGAGGAACAGGCCUCCGCAAGCACCAACGUGUGA